AUGAAGCAACUCAUGGAAAAAAGAGAAAAUGAUAAUGAAACAACAGUGACAGAAUUUAUCCUCCUAGGGUUCAAGUCAUUUCCUGAACUGCAGACUCUAUUCUUUAUUACAUUUUUAGCAAUCUACAUGGUGACAAUGGUUGGAAACCUCCUUAUAGCUGCAGUCGUCCUAAUCAAUCAUCAUCUUCACAAGCCCAUGUACUUUUUCCUGGGGAACCUGUCUGUUUUAGACACCUGCUACACCUCAACAAUCCUCCCUAGAAUCUUGGCUAGUAUUAUAAAUGACUACCAUAGAAUUUCCUUUAGUGGGUGUUUCCUCCAGUUCUAUUUCUUUGCUUUCUUGGCUGGAGCAGAAAGCUAUCUUUUAUCUGCAAUGUCUUAUGACAGGUAUUUAGCCAUAUGCAAACCACUACAUUAUGUGACUCUCAUGAACAAUAGGUUGUGUGUUCAGUUGUCUCUAGCUUCUUGGGUGACUGGCAUUGUGGCUAGUGCAUUUACAACAUUUUUUGCUUCGCAGCUAACCUUUUGUGGCCCCAAUGAAAUUGACCAUUUCUUUUGUGAUUAUGAACCAUUGUUAAUGCUCUCCUGUAGUGAAACUCAGCAUACAGAAAUUGUGAUGUCAGUCUUGGGAUCGGCAUGCACCAUGCCACCAAUGAUACUGACCUUCGCUUCAUAUGUUUGCAUCAUCAGCACCAUUUUGCAAAUCCCUUCAAACAGUGGCAGGAGUAAAGCAUUUUCUACCUGCUCCUCUCAUCUUAUUGUGGUCACCAUUUUCUAUGGGACCCUAAUCAUAGUGUACAUAUUACCAAAGACUGACACACUGAGGGAUCUGAACAAAGUCUUCUCUGUUUUCUACACAAUCCUGACUCCCAUGUUCAAUCCCUUCAUCUACAGCCUGAGGAACAGAGAGUUCAAGGAAGCCCUUAGGACAACCAUCAACCAUUUUGUGCCAUUGAGUAGAACUCAGGGAAUCCAGCCUCAGUGA